UGCAACGUAGUGUUCCGUAGGCUCUCGGGCCAACAACCUUUGCGAAGUGGAAAAAAAACUAAAUAGCGCGAAUUCAGUGACAAAUAGUGACCUUACAAAUGUCACCCAACGGUUUUUAAAUAACGAUGUUUUAUCUCAAAUUGUUCACAAGGAAAAAGAUCGCCGUACGAUUUAGAGUAGAUUUUUGUUGAAAUUAUUGAAAUGCAUUUAUUUCUUUCUAAGUUUAUAAUUAAUUAAUUUGAUGUUUUAAAGUAACCAAAGGUUUAUUAGAUCACAAUUUCCAAAAUGUAUUUUAAGUGUUGCGUGUGUGUUGUAGCCGUGUUUGUGUGCGUGAAAUAUGUAGCCGCUUUGGAAGCGUACAAAAAUCGGGAAGAACUCGGAUAUCCAGUUGGAUUAAUGUCACUAUGUCCAGGGUCCCUGAAGCCGGCGAAGAUCCCCAAGAGCCAGAUGAAGCACCUGUUCUUCCAGGUCCAGGGCAAGGGCAGGACGCGGCAGAAGUACACCUACUGGACCGCGAAGAGCAUGGCCAAGGAUCCCAGAAUCGACUUUAAAAGGAAGACCAUGCUACUCGCCAUCGGCUACCUGGACAGCUCGUACUUUCCGAUCUCGUCCAUGUACUCCAACAUGUACGAGGACCGCGGCUACAACGUCAUCCUGCUCGACAACCAGAGGUUCGCCUCCGUGCACUACCAUCUAUCCAGCCGCAUGAUGCGUCCCGUCGGCAGGCACGUGGCCGAGGUCCUCGCGCAGCUGGUGGAGGCCGGGCUGGACCCCGGCAAGCUGGAGCUGCUGGGCUUCAGCCUCGGCGGCCACACCGUCAGCUACAUCGGCAAGAACUUCCAGCAACUCACCGGACGGAACAUCUCCCGAAUCACCGCGCUGGAACCGUCCGGACCUUGCUUUAGGACCCUUGGACCUGAAGAUCGACUGUCGGCUUCCGAUGCUGAGUUCGUCGAGGUGAUCCACACGAAUAUUGACGGCUUCGGCAUGGCUAACACCAUGGGACAUGUGGACUUUUACAUCAACGGAGGGGAGUACCAACCGUCGGAAGUCAGUCUUUACCCGUGCACCUCAACAUGCAGCCAUUUCCGAGUGCUGUACUACUGGCAGUCGGCUUUAAGGAACCCUGGGAAGUUUAUCGGCCUCAAGUGUGACUCCAUACAGCAGGCUCGGGACUAUAACUGCUACGAUAGAGAGCCUUUAGAGACCAACGUGAUGGGUCUCGGUGUGAACAAGAAGAAGCACGGGAUCUUCUUUGUGUCAACUGAUAAGUUUUAUCCGUACUUUUUAGGAGAAGAUGGCCUGAAGAAGGAGUUUGCAGCGUGGAGACAGGUCACUAACGUCAAUGAUAGUAAUGAAACUGAGAUUUUCACAUAGAACGAUCAAUUUAACCUUUUGUAUCCCAAAGUCGCGAUAUCGCACAAUAAACAAUAUAUUUUUAUUGUGUCUGAUUUCACGGGAUUCAACUGGUCGAAAGAUUCAACCGGUUAAAAUACCAAUUCCUAAAUAAAAUAAAGCUGUGAAAGUUUCGGAAUAAUGUUAAGUGUCCUUCUUAUGGAAUCCGUCCUAAGUCAAUAGAUAGAGAAUAGGUACCUCAUAGUUAGGAAGGUUUUCAUAGGAAAAAAGGUUUGUACGUAUAGCAUUUUCUUAGUCAUGCAUGAAGUAACUGCCAUGAAACCUCCAACAUAGUGUUUGUUAAGCAAUACUAAUAUUAAGGUAGGUAAUAAGGCUUUUAACAAUCACUCUGUAAAUACGUAAUAAGCAGGUAUGUUCUACUGUACAAAUUACAAUAUACGAGCGUA